CUGACCGCAUACUGCCUGGAAGAUGCAGAUCGGAUGCGUGACGGUUUCCAGAAAUUGCUUGAUGUGCCGCUUGAUGACGAUGAGGAGAACAAGCCUAAUGAUAAGGACGAUGUGCUCAUGUCACAAGUUCUCAACAAUGAUAGCCUCCGUCAGUUUGCUAGACGUCAACGUGCCGAUGCUGAACGGGCGAUUCUAACUGCCGCGAAGACAAUAAGUCCAGCCAUCGCUUCUGACUUUGCAUCUGGCUACGAGUGGUGUGUGGAGACGAUCAAACAAUCUGUUCAUGCUUCGCUGGCCACUGAGUUGGAGAUGAGCAAAGCUGGAGAGCUGCUAAAGAAGAGGAGACCUUGA